CGGCCGCCCCGACGUACGUAGCUGUACGCGCGCCGAGCAGAUUUCGCUCGAAGUGUUCGGGCUGCCGCUGUGUAACACUCCGCCUCCAGAUCCCGGGCUCCAGAUGCAGAGGAAACGGACUCACAAGCAUCUAUUUUUAGCUUACGAGAAUGUACCAGUGAAAAGGAUUCAAAUGCUUACGAAGUGAAUUCAGGGAGAUUAUGGCUUCAAAACAGGCGACUGUAUCGUUCAGGAAAAUAGAGAGGGAGAGAGUCUGGCAGGGGAGAUAAGAAGACAGCAAGUUGAUUUGACCAAAUUCAGCUGAGUGGACCUGAGGUCAUAAAUUCUACCCCAGAUCUGUAGACUGCAAGCUAGGAGAAAUUUUUCAUAUAUUAUUAUUCAGAGAUUCUGAGGAUUGGACUAGUGUAGUUUUGACUAAGUUGUGCCUGAAGACCAAAUCCUCUAAGGAGAAAUCAGAAUCCUUUACAAGUUCGGAUAUGAGUGGACCAUUGGAUUUCUUCUGUCAAUUAAAAGUUCUCCCUGAAUUCCAAUCCCAUGUUGUUGGAAUGUUUAUGUCGCAAGACCUGUGAGGUUAUUGGUGAACUGCUUAAGAUUUAUAGAAGAAAAAUCUGGAUUUAUGUAAGGUAAUUGCAGACUUUUAAAUUAUGAAAAUUCUUCUCAUUCAUCCAAGUUAUAUUAAAUGUGAAAACUUUUAAUGGAAAACCUUGAAACGAUAGUUCACUGUUUCAAUUCAUUUAAGUUAAUACAUAAUGUAAGGUUGUGUUGUGUCUUUGAAUAGAAUCAAACACAAAUGUGUUUCAAAUGAGUAUUGUAUGAUUUUUAAGUAUUGAUGAAAAAAAGUCACCAGAAUAAAAAUAAUGCCAGGUCGAGAAAACUCUAAUUAUCUGAAAUGGAAGCCAGAACAAAUGGAAGCAGCAUAUUAUGAUGUAGUAAAGGGGAACAUACCUAUUGCAACGGCAGCCCGAGAUCAUGGUGUCCCCAGGAGAUCAUUGGGCGAUCGGGUUCAUGGCAGGGUCCCUCUUCAUGCUAAAAUGGGAGCAGCACUUAAACUCUCAAAAGAGUUAGAGAGAGAUUUAGUUGCUAUUAUAAGACAUAUGGCAGUAGAUGCUAUUCCAUUGACAAUCACCCAGGUUAUAAGGUUUGCAGGUAUUCUGGACAGAAAGUGUGGAGAGGGGAAGUUCGGUACGAAAGGACCUAGCUACAAUUGGUGGUUGCGUUUUCGUCAGAUGUACGCUAAUGAAAUUGUUCGAUUAAAAUGUACAGACAAGCUGGACUGAUGCCUCAUCAAGUCUUCCCCAGCAGAGAAUAACGGGGAGUACUUCCAACUUCUGCGUCGUGUCUAUGAACGUAAUGAUCUUCAAACAAAACCAGAACGGAUCUUCAUUGUGGAUGAAGUAAUUGUUGAUCUACAGAAGUCCACACAGUUGGUAGUUGUCCCUAAGCGUCAGAUGCAGUCCACCUGUUUGAAUGGAAAACAUUAUGUUUCUCUUCUAUUUACUGCUGCUGCCUCUGGAACAGCAAUGCCUCCUGCUAUCAUCUUUAAUGAGUCUUUCCCUAGCGGCGUUUUCACCAGAGGGGGACCUGAUGGGUGCCUCUAUGGGAUGUGUGACAGUAAUUUUAUUGACAGUGAUGUUAUUCUUGAAUGGUUCAAGAAAAUCUUUCUCAGGUACUGCCCACAGGACCGCACAAAGGCAAACCCUGUCCUCUUAAUGUUGGAUGGACAUGACUCUCAUGGAGAUCCUCAGCUCCUUCUGAGAGCCAUAGAGGAGCAUGUGAUUGUACUGGAACGUGGAGCACCCAACACCCAAAUGUGCCAGCCACUUGACGUAGCUGUCUACAAGUCUUUCAAGUCCCAAAUUGAACAAAUGGUACAGAAGGAACAUGCACUUGGUUGCUCCCGGGAUGUCAAAAGAAAAAAGAUCCCACAGUUGUUAAAGGAGCCCAUCAAAAGUGCAAUGACAGUGCAGAACAUUACGUCUGGGUUCAAGGAGACAGGAGUCUACCCACUUGAUCCCAAUACUGUUGACAAAAAGCAGCUGAUCCGGUCUAGGAGAAUUCCAUCGGUUGACCUUGCCCUUCCUCCUGAGUUUCGAUCUAAGGAUGCAGCUGUUCAAGUAGAUUUAUCAGCUGUCAGUCCUAGAAAAGAAAUCCCCAAAGUCAGCAAGGAUCCAUCAUUGGAUCUGGAGGGACCAACAGAAGCCAAAGAAGAGAAAGAUACAUGUAAAGCAAGAGGGCCAAAUGUAAAAGUAGAUUAUUACAAACACCAGACGACAAGACAUCAGAGAGAAGGGAAGGAAAAAAAUGAGAAAAUACGAGAGGAAAUGAGAGCAGACAAGCGAAAAAGACAAGUUAUGUCGCACACAAGAACAGAGAGAUCUCAAAGAGAGAAAGAAGAAAGUAUGCCUGUUGCAAAGAAAGUGAAAAGGGGAAAUCUUGAAAAUGGUAAGGGGUACAUAAAUGAAUCAGGGAGGCUUUUUUCCUUUGUGAAUGGCAGCAUUUCCGAGGCAGAUGUCCAAAUUCUUGUCACCCAGCGAGAGGACAAUGAGGAUUCUUAAACAGAAGCAGAUGAAAUAGAAUCAGAAGAUACUGAAGGAGAUGGAACCAAAUCGGAAGAUAUUGAAGGAGAUGAAAUUUAAUCAGAAGAUAUUGAAAAAGGUGAUGAAACUGUAUCAGACAAUACUGAAGAAGGAGGUGAAAUUGAUUCAGAAGAUAGCGAAGAAGAUGAAAGAGAGUCUGAAGAUAAUGAAGGAGGAGCAGAUGAAAGCGAAUCAGAAGAUACCGAAGAAGAAUCUGAGGAAGAAACAUGACGUAUCAUGUUGCUUUGCAUGUGACUUGAAUUCUAGUGAUCUCCUCUUUCACAAUCCCAAAAUCAAAGAUGAAUGGUUUAGUCAAUGGUUCCCUCCACAGCUCCACUCAAUCAUUUGGCCAAUGAGUUGGUCAUGACUUGCUAAACCUGUUCCGUUAGAUAUCACUUGUCAGAGGGGUAGCAACAUUAGCACUGAGCUCCUAGAUAUUUGCCCUGAAGAUGUAUGAUUAUUAAAGGGUAUGGAAUAGACCUUAAUCAAAAAUCAAAUGUGUAUCUACUACAUGCCAUAUUUCUUUCUUUUUAAUGAGUGUCGGUAAAUUUUCUGGUUUCCAUCUGAUUUGAAUUCUUCAUUCGAAGGUGGUAUACAAUAGCCACAUUAAAUUUCAUAGUAUAAGCUCAGUUCCUAAACAACUCAUGCUUUUCCCAGAAUUCCACUUUUUGCUUUUAAUGAAGGAUUGAAUAAACACAUGCUAUUGGUUAGCUAAAAUUCGCUUUCAUAUUACAAAAAAAGAAAAA